AGCUGGAGGUGGUCUCUGCAAAAUAAGAGUUACUACGGUGAAGGAGAGGCUGAGUUCAGGAUGUGGGUCAGUGGGCAACCUGAUAACUCCGGCAGUAAUGAGCACUGUGUGGUAAUGAACCCAGGAGGAUUAUGGUUUGUUUCUUCUUGUUUUUCUGCACGUCCAUUCGUCUGCUACAACGAUCGAACCAAAGGCUCAUCGAGAUGGAUUUUAGUGAACAAAGACAAGACCUGGAGUGAGGCUCAGAGCUACUGCAGGCAGAACUACACCGACCUGGCCAGCGUCAGGAACCUCGCUGAGAACGAGGAGAUCAAAGGUUUGAUCAGCAACAGCUCUUGGAUCGGCCUGUUCAGAGACGUGUGGAAGUGGUCAGACGGGAGCGCCAUGUCAUUCUCUAAAUGGCAUGAUAACCAACCAGAAGGAGGAGAUGAGCAUUGUGUGGUUUCACUUCGGGGAAAAUGGCAUGACUAUUUAUGUAGUAACAGAUUUUACUUUGUCUGUUACAGUGAUGUCGUGAAGAUGCAGGUGGUGAAAGUGCGGCUGCAGUCCACCUCCUCAGCGGACCUGGAGGCCAUGAAGGACGCCUUGUUGCAGCAGCUGCGACAGAGACUGAAGGACCAAGGCGUGAGUGACGAUGUGCAGCUCCGAUGGGUGACGCAGCCUGAUGGGAGGGUCUUCCACAAGGAAGGGAAAGAGGAGGAGAAGAACGAGGAGGAGCAGGCGGAGAGCUGCGGCCCCUGAACAUGCUUUUGAUUCUUCACGUAGUGCCGUUU